CUAUAAAUCAUGAUAACUUGGGUCCUUUCCCGACGGAUCUGGAGUGGCUGCCAUUGGAGCUGCUGUAACAUGGGUGUUACACUGCUUGAGUGCUGGUAGUGUCAAAUGGCGAAUCUAGCUGCACUUCAUUUUUGCCGAGGAAGGCCAGGGUGGAAUUGGCCUUCUUAGUAAUCUUAUCUAUGUGCGUAUCCCAGCUAAGGUUCUCGUGGAUUGUGAGACCAAGAUACUUGGUAGAGAGGACAGUGUUUAGGACUUGGUCGUGUAUGCUAUAUAAUCAGCGCAGUGGGGAUUUCCGUUCUUUGUAAACCCGCAGUACUUCACACUUAUCCGGGUUGAAAUAAAGUAUAUUUAAGUCGCUCUGUAUAAUAGCUCGGUCUUUUGUUGUCCGUAUCCUCCUUUACAACAAGCAGUCAUCGGAGAGGAGACUGGUACAUGUAUAGAUGACACUGUUGAUGGCAAGUCAUUACGUGAUUUAAGGGCUCCACAAAUGGAACUUUCCGUGCGGGUCUUCAUUGUAUUCUUCAUAUCAACAGGAUUUUUCUUCCUCUUGUUUGAACUGUUUACGAGCACAGAAGUAAUAGAUAAAACGCCAAUUUAUCAGGGACCCUCAGCGAACCAAAAAAGGGACAAAAUAUCUACUAUUAGUCCGACAAGUUACAACUCAUCCCAGGAAAGCAAAAAGGAAUAUAGAAUAUUGUGGUACAAUAUACCUUUUUAUCUAGUGGAUAGUUUUAAUUAUGCCAACGCUAAGAAAUGUAAAAAGCAUCCUAACUGCUUGUUUUCAAAGAAUUCAGCAGAUAUACAUAAAAGUGACGUUGUAUUGUUUACACAUUCUACCAUGGGAGGAAACCCGCCUCCUAAAAAACCCAACCAAAUGUGGGUUUUUAACACAAUGGAGAACACUGCGUUCAUGUCGAGGCCCUCAAAAAAUUUUGAAGCUAAAUUAGAUUGGUUAAUGUCAUACCGUAGGAAGUCGGACAUCUAUAGGCCAUAUGGGACCCUAAUCAAGCGGAGUAAACCUUUAGACAAGGAUUAUUCAGAAGUGUUCAGAAAGAAGAAGAAAUUAGGUGUCUGGAUGUCCGGACACUGUCCUGUGCCAUCUAAUCGACGAAAUCGCAUAAAAGAACUGAAAAAGUAUCUAGAUAUUGAUAUGUUUGGGACGUGUGGAAAUGGUGAAUGCUUAAUUCGAACGCCAUUUAUAACAGAGUGUUUGCGAAACUUUUCUCGAGACUAUAAAUUUUAUUUUUCUUUCGAAAAUAAUAUAUGUGAAGAUUAUACCACGGAGAAAACUUACAACAUGUAUUUGGAAAAUCUUAAUAUGGUACCCGUUAUAAACGGCCCAUCAACAGCACCUGAGUAUUUACCUAAAGGUUCUUUUAUAAGUGCUUUGGAUUUUCCUUCGCCGAAGGCCUUGGCAGAGAAAAUCAAAGAAAUAGCCUCCAAUGAAACUUUGUUUACGCAGUACCUUAAAGAAAAAGACAAAUAUUAUGAAAUUGGUAUUCAUGAGGUAUUUUUAAACUCAAUGUGCCAGAUAUGUGACAUUUUGGAUAGGACUAAUGGGAAGCCUGAGCGGCCGAAAGGAACCAUCAUGCAACGCUAUUUUUCUCAUGGUGAAUGCUGAUUUGAAUGAAAUGUUCGAGUGAAACAACUACCAAAAUCCAACUUGCCGAUUUUUUAAAAUUGUGCUUUUUAAAGUUCAGUGAAUGAAACCCCGUCGAACAUAAUCGUAAAAUCAAGUUUUUUAAAAUCAUUUACAAAAAAAACCCUUUCCUAUACUUUUUCUGUAAAUCUGCUACUUGAAAUGUAUAGAUUGUGUAGAAUAUGUAUAAAUGAUCAGCAUGCCUUAAAGGGAAAUGGACACAGUUUCAGCUGAUUUUUUAAACCAAUUUUAAUGCUUACAAUUCCUAACUAAUGCAUCAUCUAAUGAUAAGCAAAAAUUUGAACAUCAUUUGUUGAUUAACAAACGAGAUACAGAAAGAUCUUCAUAAUGUAAACAAGGCUCGUGCCUUGUGUUUGUUUACAUAUAGAAGAAUAAAUUUAUAACAAAAAGGAGUUCAGCAAAUCACUAGAAACUGUCUAAUCUUAUUUAGAAUUAACUUCUUUAUUGAAAAUAUUUGCUUUGAAUGAACAUAUAUUUAUUUAGUAUAUUUAACAAUAUAAUUAUUACGUAUGUAUACAAAUGUGUAAACAAAAACAUGACACGGACCCUGUUUAGAUAACAAAGGUUUGGAGCUCUAAAUCUGUCUUGUAUCCCGACAACCGAAAUUCAAAUUUUUGAUCAUCAUUAGAAAAACUUUUAGUCAAAUAUUUGUAAAAAAUAGAAAAAUAAUUUGAAAAUUUAUAACUGAAACUGUGUCUUUGUCUCUUUAAGGGUUACAAUCAAUCAGAGAGGUAGGAUCUCUGUCGGGUUUUUUUUUUUGCUCUGUCCAUGUAUGUUGCAGUACUACUUUCAUUUCCAUUUAAUGAAUUAUUCAGUAUUGUUUGUCUUUUUGUUUUUAAUACAUUUACCAAAUACCUACCAUCUGAAGUUUUUUCCUGAUUAUUUCGUUUGUUUUAACAGGUCUCUCGACUGUUUAUAAAGGUUUCUUUUCAUAGCAGAAGGUAGUCAAUUUUGUACAUUCUAUCUUGAAUAAAAAUCCCUAUAUAUUUAAUCUUUCAUACAGAGCAGCAGCCUUUUUAUCUCUCAUUCCUCGGUUGAGCUCCUUUGUAAAUUUCUGUAUUGUAUCUUCUACCUAUAAUGUCAUUAUUAUAAUUCAAAUUUGCAUUUGAAACUUUUGAAGUCUAAAACAUAUCAUGUUCACAGUUGAAUGUUUACAUCAUCUGAAUAGUAUAUAUAUCCUCAUUAUUUAUUCAAAAAAUCAUUGCAAUUUAUCAGACAGGAAUCAGCGCUAUAAGCAUGUCAUCCCUUCGGAUUUUUUUUCAGUCUGAACUGUUCCAUAACGAAAAACACAAUUAUAUACAUAUCAAUGAUACAAUAUGUCAUCUUUUUAAAUCCUGUACUUUAUAUAAUUAUUUGUACAGAUAUAAAUUUAAUCAAUAAAAUGUUUUUUCUUUGUU